AUGCCGCUUUACAAGUCGCCCGUUCGGCAUUGGUUGAAAAUAAGACUGAUCUCGACAUCGAGAGCAUCGACAAGUGCUUUCAAAUCGAUCAAUACAAGAAGCAACUUUUGUACUUUGGAAACGGUUAAAAGAAUGAAAUCCCAUCUGUUGAGCGUUCUCUUUGCUGUCUCACUUUUGCUCGUUGUUGAGGGGCAAUGGGGUCCUUAUUAUGGCCCCUAUGGUGGAAUGGGGCCAAUGGGUGGCUUCUAUGGGCCACCCAUGUGGCAAAGGCCUUACAUGAGACCCUAUAUGGCUAGACGACCGGGCUUUAACGGAAUGGGCGCUUUACAAGGCGCCAUGAUGGGUGCAAUGAUGGGGAUGAUGGGGAAA